UCGCCCGCGCUCACCGCCCGGUUGGUCCUCGCCUGUGGCGAGCUCGCGGAACCGGGAGUCCAGCCGGUCCGGCUUGGCGGGAAGCUUUAUCUGCAGAAGCCGCGGACUGGAAUAGGAGUGGUCCGGGCAGACGCGGCGCCCACCGACAGUGCCAUCAUGGGGACCACAGCCCCAGGGCCCAUUUACCUUCUGGAUCUAUGUGACCAGAAACUCCUGGACUUUGUCUACAAUGUGGACAAUAAGGACUUCAUGUGGCUUAAGGAGAUUGAGGAGGAGGCUGAGCGCAUGUUUAUCAGAGAAUUCAGCAAUGAGCCAGAGCUGAUGCCCAAAACUCCUUCUCAGAAAAACCGUCGGAAGAAGAGACGAGUGUCUAACAUUCAGGAUGAAAACAGAGAUCCCGUGAGGAAAAGGUUAUCUCGCAGAAAGUCUCGGAGCAGUCAGGUAGGCACCCGGCACCUCCGCAGCAAGCCGGUUACUAUUGUUGAGGAGAAUGGCUCCCCUGUGUUGCAGCGGAUAACCCGGGCUGCAGCAGCUGCUGCUGCAGCAGCAGCAGCAGCAUCAGCAUCUGCGUCUGUGGCAUCAGGUUCUUGCUCUCCCACUGCUGAGUCUCCUCCCACAGUGCUGCUGAAGAAAGCUAUUGUGGAGGUAAGCACCAGUGAUCAACUGAGUGCAGAACUACAACUCAGUAAGCUCAAAGCUGGCCUUCCUCCAUCUUCAGUUUCCCAAGGCACCCUGACAGCAGAGGAGAAAUCAACACCCAAGAAAUCAGAGGCUGGGAGGCUGGACUCUGUCACAGUGAACUCCCUCAAGGCUACCCCUCAGAGCCCCAAGAACCGAGGGGUUGGGGAAGGACGUUCUGUUUCCAAGCUCAAGAUUGCUCGGGCCUCCCGGGCCCUGCAGGACUCUCCUGGCUCUACAGACUCUCCAUGGCAAGAGCGGGUACUUUCUCCCAUCCUGCCAAAUAAUAUCUUGCCCACCACAGCCAAGAGCCCUCUUGGGAAUAUUCGGUCAGUGCGGAGAAGCCUGAUUUCCCAGGAUUCCCAAGUGCCACUAGACAAAAAGUAUUGUUUGGUGGCCGAACAAGAAAAAGCCAGUCACAGAUCAAGCAGGAUUGCCAAGAAGGCCGGCAAAGAGCCAGAGGCCUCUGCUCGUAUCAUUUGUCACAGUUACCUGGAGAGGCUCCUGGAUGUUGAAGUGCCUCAGAAUGUUGGCCUGGAGCAGGAGCCUGUUGAGGUGGCUGAGCCUGAGGAGGCAGUAGAGGAGCAAGAGGUUUCCAAGAACAGUGGGUGUCCCUCCAAACCCUGCAGUGCCACCAAGAUUGCGAUUAGUACGCCCACCUUGAAGCCUGUGGCCACUGGCCAGGCGACGACUGUUGAAGAGCAAGAAGCUGAGCUUGACCAAACAGAUGGACACAGAGAACCACCCCAGAGUGUCAGGAGGAAACGUAGUUACAAGCAGGCAAUGAGUGAACCAGAUGAAGAGCAACUAGAAGAUGAAGAACUGCAGUUCCCCCGGAACAAGACCCCUUCCCCACCCUGUCCAGCCAACAAGGUGGUACGGCCCCUCCGGACUUUCUUGCACACAGUGCAGAAGAACCAGAUGCUCAUGACCCCCACUCUGCCCUCCCGCAGCAGUGUCAUGAAGUCCUUUAUUAAACGCAACACUCCGCUCCGUGUGGACCCUAAGUGCAGCUUUGUUGAGAAGGAACGCCAGCGCCUAGAGAGCCUGCGACGGAAGGAGGAGGCCGAACAGCUGCGCAGGCAGAAGGUAGAGGAAGACAAGCGGCGGCGACUGGAGGAGGUGAAGCUGAAGCGUGAAGAGCGCCUCCGCAAGGUGUUGCAGGCCCGUGAGCGGGUGGAACAGAUGAAGGAGGAAAAGAAGAAGCAGAUUGAGCAGAAGUUUGCUCAGAUUGAUGAGAAGACAGAAAAGGCUAAGGAGGAGCGGCUGGCAGAGAAGGCAAAGAAGAAGACAACUGCCAAGAAGAUGGAAGAGGUAGAAGCACGCAGGAAGCAGGAGGAGGAGGCACGCAGGCUCAGGUGGCUCCAACAGGAGGAAGAGGAGCGGCGGCAUCAAGAAAUGCUACAGCGGAAGAAGGAGGAAGAACAGGAGCGCCGCAAAGCAGCUGAGGUCAGGCGGCUGGCAGAACAGCGUGAGCAAGAGCGGCGGAGGGAGCAGGAACGGAAGGAGCAGGAACGGAGGGAGCAGGAACGGAAGGAGCAGGAACGGAGGGAGCAGGAACGUCUUCGAGCCAAGAGGGAGAUGCAGGAGAGAGAGAAAGCCCUGCGGCUCCAAAAGGAACGACUUCAGAAGGAACUGGAGGAAAAGAAGCGGAAGGAAGAGCAGCAGCGUCUGGCUGAGCAGCAACUGCAGGAGGAGCAGGCAAAGAAAGCUAAGGAGGCGGCAGCAGCCAACAAAGUCCUGAACAUGACUGUGGAUGUGCAGUCUCCUGUUUGUACCUCAUAUCAAAUGACUCCACAAGGACCCAAAUCCGUCCCCAAGAUCAACGUAGAUGACUAUGGGAUGGACUUAAAUAGUGAUGACUCCACAGAUGAUGAGGCCCAUCCCCGGAAACCCAUCCCUUCCUGGGCCAAAGGCACCCAACUCAGCCAGGCCAUUGUCCACCAGUACUACCACCCCCCAAACAUUCUAGAGCUCUUCGGAUCUAUUCUCCCGCUGGACUUGGAGGACAUCUUUAAGAAGAGGAAGACUCGCUACCACAAGCGCACUAGCUCUGCUGUUUGGAACUCACCGCCCCUGAAAGCCACCAUGGUCUCCAGCAGUGGGGACUAGCCUAUAGUCUGAAGAAGCCAUGAGGCAGGCCCUCAACCUUUUUGCAGUACAGGGCCCAUGUGUGUCUUUCUGUUUGUUUCUCUGUCUGUUUCUGUGUUGGGCUGGGGCCCUUCUGUCUGACAUGCCAUUGUUCAGGUGGAUAUCAGUGUCCUCUGUUUGACAGGUAUUCACAGACUUGUUUGAAGGAUGAGCUUCAUGCCUGGGGAAGAACCAGGUUCAGCACUGAUGGAUCGUAGGCAGUACUCUGUAAAUAGAUUGUUACAGUUCAGUUGAGUGAAUUUUAGUUUCUAGCGUUUGUGAGGUAGUUUAAUAAAGUAUAUAGCAUGAAGUCUGCUGUGGAUAUUGUGAAGACUACAGGCUUCAAUUGAAUACUGGUCUGCAGCGGUAUGUCUUGUGCCUUUACCUUUAGUGUGUGCCUAGACCACUUGGUUGGGCCAGAUGGGGUCCCAUCCAGAGGUUCUAAUGCCAGACAACCCCUGGUAAACACGUCAGCAUGUCCUGAUAGGACAGUUGAACAUGCUUCCUGUUUGUAAAUGGAGACUAUUCCUUUGGAAAGACCUGUCCUGUGACACAGCUCUGCCACGUAGUCCCUCAGCCUGACCACUUCACAAACUCUGCCAUGUUUGCUGCAUAGAGAUUGGAAGAACUUGAGGAAGUCCUCUUGCUGGGAGCUAAUCAGGAAAGGAAUGCUCCUCAAACUGACUUUGGGACCUGUGGUUGCAAACAGGGGUGGAGGAGAUUAACCCUCAAAACCACCAGCUACUACGUAAAUGUGAAGGGUGGCCUUGGUCCUGAAAGCUCUUUUUCUUGGGACUGGGCUUAGCCACCUGUGGUAGAAAGGCUAAAUCAAAGUACAGUUGUUUUAGAUACAGCUAUAGUAAAAACAGUUUGUUUUCCCAUUACCUCUAACUCUGUUCUGAGGGCAGGUAGUUAUGUGGCCUGAGAAGCUGACAGGCUUACUAUGGAAACCUGUUCAGAAGACUUUUGCCAAUUGCUUUUGGUCAAAAUAUAUUAAAUACAAAUGCAAUAGUGCUUUAAACAGGGAACAGUGAACACAGAAGUCUGAAGUCUAGACUCUUCCCACCAAUGCAGAGUUCAUUCAGAUAUGCUGCACACAGUGCAGCUUACUCCAUGUAGUCUCACUAGUAACUGUCUGCUUAAAACCACAAAAUCAAACUCGUUAGCACAUUUAUCCAGUGCUUAGGAAACUAAAGGAAGGCAAGUAACACCUCUCUUGGUGAAUGCACCAGUUCUUCCAUCUUCAAUUCAGGAUGGCAACUUUUCUAAAUAUCUAAUGGAUUUGUAGACAGUGCCAUAGGACAAAAAGAAAAAGGUAAGAAUUAAAAUUCAUCAGGGGUUGUGGUGUACCUCAGUGGCAGAGAGUGUGCUUAGCAUGUGCAGGGCUUUGGGUUCAGUCCCUAGCAUGGAACGCUUGAGAAAUACUGAAGGGAAUUCAGUAUAUCUAGUAAAACGAGUGAACUUCUUGCACGAGCCUCUCACGUGUUAGGAUCAUAGGAUAAUAGUGUCGGAGAAUCUUAGGAAUACACUUGACAAAAGACUCUGAAACUCAGUGAAAACUAAAUACACUGCUGAGAGAAAUUAACAGACAAGCGGGGGCGGUGGGACAGAUACCAUACUCAUGGGUGGAAAUCCUUAAGAAGAUCUCAGGUCUCCACCUCCAGAUGCCUCACCAAGUCCAAUACCUUUGUUUUGGCUUAUGGUGGGGGCAGGGUAGUAGUUUAUGAAAAAUGGGUUUAAAAAUUUUAACUGCAGCAGACCUACAAAGUAAGACAUCACAGUAGUUGAGAUGUUGAAGUCAGAGUGAUUUUGGCAUAAAGACAGACACAAGUCUGGAACUGUGUGCCUUCUAGAAGUAGAUCUAUGCUUCCCUGAUCCAUUAGCUUUUGACAAAGGCAGAAAGUCAUUUCAGAAUAGGGAGCAAGCAUUGCUCACAUGUUCUCAGGAAGUACUGGAUAUAUUAAAAACUUGCAGCUCUUUCUCAUAAGGCAUGCUAGGUUUAACUCAGUUGAAGGAUGGACAUUGUAGCUAAAAAUAAAAACUGAAGGACAGGGCUAGGAGAUAGCUUCACGGGAAAGACACUUGCCACCAAGCCUGAUCUGAGUUUGAUGAAUGGGACCUAGAGAGUGAAAGAGCACGGACUUCUGCAAGUUGUCCUUUGACAUCUACGUGUGUGCUGUGGCAUGUGUACACCUCCCAUGACGUACAUAAGUGGACCACUGCUACCACCUUCAACAAAAAGUAUUUUUCAGAGAUUUCUUAUUCAAAAUUUUUUGAAAUUUUGAACUAUAAAAAAAGAAAAGGACUAAUAGAUAAAAAAAAAAAACAACUCACAACUUCUGUUUUUUAAAGUCAGUGCUGUUUCUCUGUUUUUGCCCAUCUUGGGGAGGGAUGGUGCAUCUACACACACACACACACACACACACACACAGAGAGAGAGUUUUGUUGCCCAGGAGAACCCUAAUGUGUCUUCCUUAUCUUGCCAUUCAAACAUUACUACCAACACUAAGUACACCUCUAACACUUUUCUCUAAUUGUAUCAUAAUUGCAGGGGGUGGAAUAUAAAAAUUAUCCGUUUUCUAUGUAAGUUCAAAGAAUAUUUGCUUGUAACUGAACUAGUAAGCCAGUUAGGACUUUCACGCAAGUGUCUGCAUCUAUCCUUCACAUAUUAGGAGGAUGCCCAGGACACGAAAACACAGGAAUGGUGGUCAUAGCUAGAAAGAAAGGAAGAAAGAAAUUAAAAAAAAAAAAAAAACAAAAAAACCAAGGCUAGAUGGGGAAGUCUCCAACAGAAGACUCUUAACAUUACAUUUGGAAUUCUGGGCAGGAGAGAUGGCUCACGGGGUAAAGGCUCUAGUCUGCCAAGCCUGCUGACCCAAGUUCAAUCCCUGGGACAUGGGGGAAGGGGAGAACCAACUCUCAAAAGUUGUCUUCUGAUGUCCACAGUGGUAUGAGUUUGUACAGAAGUGUAUAAAAUAAAAUACAGUAUUUGGAACAUUAAA